AUGGCGGGGAAGCUCUUGGGCGAGAAAGGAUCAGCGAGCGAGGAGAGCAGCAACAUGCUGGACUUCGAUACGGCGGCAGCGGAGGCGGUGACGGAGGAGGAGCAGCCGGUGGAGCCGCUCGAUAGCUUCGUGGAGCGCGCGCUCGUCAAGUCGCGCGCGCAGUACGACGCCAUGUACCGCCAGUCACUCGACGACCCCGAGGCGUUCUGGGGCGCCAUGUCGGCGCAGUACCACUGGGAGACUCCGUGGGAGGUGCUGCAAGAGGGCAACAUGGACGUGCGUGAAGGCGCGGUGGACAUUAAGUGGUUCGUGGGCGGGCGCACCAACCUCUGCUACAAUGCCGUGGACCGCCACGUGGCGGCGGGGCGCGGCGACAAGGUGGCCAUUUUCUGGGAGGGCAACGACCUGGGUGUGUCGGGCCAGUGGACGUACUCGCAGCUGCUGGCUCAGGUGUGCCGCAUCGCCAACUACCUGCGGAGCGUGGGCGUGCGCAAGGGCGACGUGGUCACCAUCUACCUGCCCAUGGUCCCCGAGCUGCCCGCCGCCAUGCUCGCGUGCGCGCGCAUCGGCGCGGUGCACUCGGUGGUGUUCGCGGGGUUCUCCGCGGAGGCGCUCGCGGGGCGCAUCGCCGACUCGGCAUCGCGCGUCGUGCUGACGGCGUCCGCCGUGAUGCGCGGGACGAAGCUGAUCGCGCUGAAAAAGAUCAUCGACGAGGCCGUGGCGCAGUGCGGCGCCGCGCGUCUGGAGCCCAGCACGGUGCUGGUGUUCGAUAACGACCUCGCCAUGCAGGUAUGCGGCGCGGGGAAGGUGACUUUGCGCUCCCACGUGCCAUUCGAGCCGGCGCGCGACGUGUGGUGGCAGGACGCGGUGCGCCUCCAACCCGACACGUGUCCCGUGGAGUGGAUGGAGAGCGAGGACCCGCUCUUCCUGCUCUACACCUCGGGCAGCACCGGCAAGCCCAAGGGCGUGCAGCACACCACGGGCGGCUACAUGGUCGGCGCGGGCACGAGCUUUAAAUACAUCUUCGACCAUCACGAGGAUGACGUGUAUUGGUGCACGGCGGACUGCGGGUGGAUCACGGGACACACGUAUCUGGCGUACGGGCCGCUGCUGAAUGGGUCGUCAAUGGUGGUGUUCGAAGGCGUGCCCACGCACCCUGACGCCGGCCGCUGCUGGGACGUCGUUGAUAAGUGCAUCACCCCUCUCCCAGGCGCCAUGCCCUUAAAGCCCGGGUGCGCGACGCUGCCCUUCUUUGGCGUGGAGCCGGUGGUGCUGGACGAGCAGGGCAGGGAGAUACCUGCAAUCGAGGGAGAGGAGGCGGCAGGGCUGCUGUGCAUCAAGCGCCCCUGGCCCAGCAUGAUGCGCACCGUCGUCGGCGACCAUGCUCGCUACGAAACCAACUACUUUGCACCCUUCCCGGGCUACUAUUUCUCGGGGGACGGCUGUCGCAGGGAUGCGGAUGGCUUCUACUGGAUCACAGGCCGGGUGGACGAUGUCAUCAACGUCAGUGGUCACCGCAUUGGGACAGCAGAGGUGGAGAGUGCGUUGGUGGCCCAUGACAUCUGCGCUGAGGCGGCGGUGGUGGGAUAUGAGCAUCCCAUCAAGGGGCAGGGCAUCUACGCCUUUGUCACACUCAUGGAAGGAAUUAAGCAGUCUGACGAGGUGAGGGCGCAGCUGAAGUCAGCAGUGCGCCAGCACAUAGGGGCAUUCGCUGCCCCUGAUGUUAUCCACUGGGCUCCCGGCCUUCCCAAGACUCGGUCUGGAAAGAUUAUGCGACGCGUACUGCGCAAGAUAGCUGCUAAUGACAUCGAAGCACUCGCUUUAAACAUGGCGCCUUCAUCUCAAGAUCUAUUUCUCCUCUCCCCUCUGACCAGUCCCGUGCCUCAAUCGAUGUAUCCGUUGCUGGCCGUCGCGCUUGUCACCGCCGGUCUCAUCGCCACAGGAGCUUUCUUCGUAUAUGAAGCCACUGUUUCGAAAUUCAGCAGAUAUUUGGUUAGAGAAUUACUCCUCUCAGCCAUCGCGUCUGUGCUGUUGGGUUUUGGCACACUCUUCCUCUUCCUAUGGACGGGGGUGUACGUCUGA